AUGGCCCCUAAGAAAGUGGAAGCCAAGAAGCCGGAGCCCAAGAAGCCGGAACCAAAGAAAGAGCCGGCGCCAACUCCAGCCGCCCCCAAACCGGCACCUCCGGCAGAACCCGAACCCCCUAAAGAGCCUCCGUUUGAUCCCAAGAGCAUCACGCUGGAAUACAACGCCGACCAGAUCGAGGAAUUCAAAGAGGCCUUUCAGCUGUUCGACCGCACGCCCAAAGGAGAGAUGAAGAUCACGUUCGCUCAGUGCGGCGACGUGUUUCGAGCUCUGGGACAGAACCCGACCAACGCCGACGUCCUGAAGGUCCUGGGAAAACCCAGACCGGAGGAAAUGAACACCAAGAUGGUGGAUUUUGAGACCUUCUUGCCCAUGCUGCAGCACAUCUCUCGCUCGAAGGAUCAGGGCAACUUUGAGGACUUUGUGGAAGGACUGAGGGUUUUUGACAAGGAGGGUAACGGCACCAUCAUGGGGGCGGAGUUAAGGCACGUUCUGGCCACGCUGGGCGAGAGGAUGACAGAGGAUGAGGUGGACCGACUCAUGGCCGGACAGGAAGAUGCAAAUGGCUGCAUUAACUAUUCCUCUUUUGUCAAACACAUUCUGUCAGGUUAAACCGUCUUUAUUCUGAUGGGUAGAUUAACAAAUCCAUGUGGGUGCAAGA